AUGUGCUAGAUUAAGAUGGCCUUGAUGGUAUUUAUCAAUUAUCCUAUUUUAUGUUUAACUUUAGGCAUCAGAAAUCCGAUUGAACUGGAUCUGUAUGCUCUUGAGACUUCUUCUCGAAAAAUGAUAAAUGACCUUAUUCAUCCAGUGCUGUCAAAAAUGAAUGAAGACAGAGAAGUUAUAGUUUAAGCGAAAAUGAGACAAAGAUUAAUAGAAGAAAGAUUGACAAGCAUGGAGUAUGUCUUAUCUUUAAAUGAGGCUAAGCCGAAAAUAUUUGAAGACAUUCAUGAUGGAUUAGCAGCAAUAAGAGCAGAUUUAAGGUUCACUGAAUAAUCAAUACUACAGAAAGUGGAAACGAUGGGCAUGAAGGUAGAUAAAUCAUAAGAAACAGUUGAUGAGUGCAAGCACAUGACAAAUUUUUUGCUUUAAAAGGCUGAAAGUUUUGAUCAUAUGAUAAGUCAGCAAAGAGAGAACACAAUUAGACUAGAAGAGAAACUGGCACUUGAAUGUACUGAUUUGAAAAACUUCAUGGAGGAGAGAUUUAAGGAAAUUAGAGAAGAUCAAAAGAAAACUGACUUAGUUGUUAUUAGAAAUCAAAUGAAAGUCAGAGAAUUUUCAGAAAUUAUUGAUAGAGUAGAAGGAUACCAAAGAGAGCUCAAUAGACAGAAUGGCGAAUUAAAGAAACUGGUAUUUGAAGUUUAAGAGAGAAAAUUAGAUGCUGAUAAAUUCGAUCAAUAGAUUAAUGAAGUUACAGAAAUGGUUCGCACUAAUAAGUACGCUGUUCAAGAUAAUUUCAGAUCUUUGAUGUUAACUGACAACUACAUUGAGAAGUAUCAGCCAUUUUUCAUUCAGGCGAUGAUUAAUGAAUCAAUCUCUCAAGUAGUAAAAAAGGAAAAGAUGAAUAAACUAAAGGAAUUUGAGCAUAAUAAAUAUAGAGAGUGGCAUAAGCAAGUUCUUAAUGAUACAGGCAUGCCAAAUCUCUAGAAACGAGUAUACAUGAUGCCUGGAUCAUAACCAAUUGCAAACCAUAACAAAGACUUUAUUCCAGAAAUGGGUGAAAAAAUUAUAUCAUUAGAAUGGUUCCUGGGUAGAACAAAUGAUCCUUUUAUUAAGGAGGCGUCUGUUGAAAGUAAGUCCUCACCAAGCUCAAAAUCAUCAACAUCGCAUGAAGUUCUUUAACUCCAAAAGAUUAGCAAGAGGUCAUCUAUCUUAGAAGCUGGUAAAAAUUCAACCCUUGUAGAUCAUGCUAUCAAUGUGAGCUAAUAGCUAAAUCAAUCAUAAAAUAACUCUAUAAUGAGAAUGAAGAGAGGGAGUUAAGUUGAUGUUUCAAGGCCAGUCUCUAAUGCUUAUCACGGAAGCAACUAUAGAAGUCCAAAUAGAACUAGAUCGCAUUCAUCACAUAAUAGAAGGAUGACAGCAAUGUAGGAUUCCCAAGUUAAGACAGGUGAAAGAGGCCUGGAAAAGUUUAAAGAUGAUUACCUUAUGGGAAUAGAGGAUCUUGAGCCAGAAUUCGCAAAUUAAAUCAGAGAAGAUCAUGUUAGUCUAGUUAUUACUAUGUAGGAUAUUGAGAGAAUCAAGAAAGAUCUAGAAAUGCAAUAGUUUAAAACUCUUUUACUAAUACGAGAGGAGAUUUAGAAAUUCAAAGAUGAGAUUAAGAGUUGCCUUAAUGAACAUCUUGCAUUUAUAUAGGAGAUACAUACAGAUAUUGAGAAAGAUAAGAUCAACAGAGCAGAUUAGAUGAGUGAGCUGAAACUACAAAUAAAAAAUUGUGAGAAUAAAGUUGGAAUCACAAACUCUAAUGAAUAGAAAAAGCCAAAAAUCAUUGAUGCUAGAGAGAGAAUGAACACAGAAAUAUUGGAAAAUAUCUAUGAUGCAAUGAAACUGCAAAACAUUCUCAAUCAUGAGUUCUUUAAGUAAAUUCUUUAAAUAAACACUAAUUUAGGAUCAUUUUUCUUCCCAAUGAUGAAAGAUGGUAACUUGAGUUUUGGAUUUGAACCUUAAAUAGCAAGUCAAAACAUAAGACCUAAAACUGGUAGUUCCUAACAUAAGAGAGUACACUAAAUAACAAUUAAAAAGUUCACUAACAAUAUUGAAAAUUCGACAAAUGAAAUGGGAACUUCUGUCUAUAAUCUGAAUAACAUGAUUUAGCAGGAAUCAGAAUAACAUGAAAUAAAUACUUAGAUAAAUCAUCCUACUCCACCUCUUGGUUUUUUAAGUCCAAAAUCUUCAUCCGAUAAUAUAUCAAAUGAGAAAAAAAUUGACUGCCAUCAAAUUAUCCAGAUAAUUGAUAGUUUAAUCAAGGGUUGUGAUAACCCUAAUAUUGAGAAGAUAGCAAAUAAGAUUAAGAGAAAUCAAAAUAAUCUAAUAAAAUAAGAUAGAGCAUCGAGAUAGUCAAAAGCUCCUCUUAGUUUUAGCGAUUUUACAGCAUCACCAGACGCUCAAACAGCACUCUCAAGCAAUUAGAAUAGGUUUGGAAAAGGCAACUAUAAUGAAAGUGAGAAAGCAUUAAAAGAAUCUUUAAGGAUAGGAGGAGUAAAGAAAAAUGAAAGACUAAACUCAACAAUGGUUUAUUACUCAUAAAUUCAAAAAGAAAGACUUGAAAGUCCGAAAGUUUCAAAUCAAAAUAUUACUUUAAAGAGAAAUCUAAAUCUUUUUUAGAGAUCUGGAGGUAUGGGAUCUGGUGGAAUAAUAAGAAGAGAAAAUAUUUAAUGA